GGUUACCUAUCGGCAGGAGGAAAAGGAAACCUGGGCUUUAGCUUCACUCCCCUCUUUCCCUCAAGGCCCGGAGCUUUGGAAGCAUUGUCUCUAACCUUUGUUGCUCAUUGUGGACUGCUAAUUCUGGACGGGUACUUCUUGGUUUAUCAGAAGGAUGCAAGAGAAAAACUUGGAACCAGCAUCAUUAUCUCAGCUGUUAAGAGAGAGCUACCUGGCUGAGACAAGACCUCACCACAAGCACAGUGAGAUGAGCCACAUGGAUACCUCACCGUGUCACUUGGUGUAUGGGACUCAUGCCGGAAAGUCAGAAGACAUUGGAGGACAAGAUGAUUUCCCAGACCUCUCUGCCUUUCUAAGUCAAGAGGAAUUGCACAAAAGUGUCAGCCUGGCACAGCAAGCCAUUGAUCAAGGUCCACAAGAAGAAAGAGAGGAGGAAAACCGCCACAGUGUACAGAUUACUGCCAUUAACCCUGCAUCUGAAAAAAAGAAGUUCCCACUGUCUCAACCAUUACCAUCAGACAGGCAAACACCUCAACCUGUCCCCAAGGAAAAUGUUAUGAGGAGCAGCAGAAGUCCAAAGGAACCUCAUAGAGAUUUUCAAAGACAAAUCAGAAACACCCCAUAUGGACCUGAGACUCAAUCCAAGAAGGAAUUCCUUAACAAGGCAGCUGAUUUCAUAGAAGAACUGUCUUCUCUUUUUAAAGCAAACAGCUCCAAGAGGAUAAGGCCAAGGGCUUGCAAAGCUCACAGGAGCAGAUACCAAGCAAAAACUCAGUCAGACAGUGCAGUUUUUGCUCUCAGCACAGAUGACAGGGAAAGACCCAUUCCCUCCUAUUCAAAUCAGCAGGAUGUACAAAGCGAUGAUGGUUUGGAGGCAGCAGAGUUGUGUGCAGAAAAGGACAGUGUUGCUGUAGAGGGCUGUGACCCAGGAGUGGUAGAAGGCUGUGCUUCACAACCAGAGCAACUUGAACAGCCUGUGAUGGAGCCACCACGCUUCAUUCAAAAACUGAAAAGCAGAGAGGUCCCAGAAGGCAGCAAAGUGCAGCUCGAUUGUAUUGUGAGAGGAUUUCCUGUCCCGGAAGUUAGAUGGUUCUGUGAAGGGAAGGAGCUGGAGGACAGUCCUGAUAUCCAGAUACUCAGUGAUGGAGAACUGCACUCACUAAUCAUUGCUGAGGCAUUUGAAGAAGACACUGGCCGCUACUCUUGCUUUGCCUCUAACUUUUAUGGCACAGACUCCACCUCUGCAGAAAUCUACAUUGAAGGUGCUUCUUCUUCUGAUUCUGAUGGAGAGCAGAAUUUUGUGAAUGUAACAAAGGUACCGAAGAAGACCUCUCUGUCUUUACCAGUUUUGCCUCCAUCAGCCAGCGCAGAGCCUGUGAGUGAGGUAGAUUCCCUCUCAGGAUUACCACCCACUCGCCCACCACCUGUACAGUAUCCUGCACCGGAGGGGUCUACAUCACCACCUCUAUCUAAGGAGUCCACACCACCACCUCAACCUAAGGAGACCACAUCACCACCUCUACCUGAGGGGUCCAAAUCGCCACCUGUACAGGAUUACCCACCAUUGCCUGUACAAGAGGAUUUCACACAACUACCUGUACAGGAAUAUACACCACUGCCUGUACAGGAAGGCUCCAUACUGCAACCUCUACAUUUGGUCCUCCCACAGUCAGCGUUACAGGAGGGUGAAAAUUUUAACUGCUAUCCACAAGGUUUGGAUGGAAGACCACUAAUGGCUGCCCCAGUUUUUACAAAGAGUCUCCAGGAUGUCAAUGCCUUUGAGAGCCAGUUGGUGGUGCUGGAGUGCCGUGUCAAAGGCGUGCCAUCCCCUCGAGUGGACUGGUACAGAGAAGGGACUUUGAUAGAUGAUUCUCCUGACUUCCGCAUUCUCCAAAAGAAACCCAGGUCCAUGGCUGAAUCAGAGGAUAUCUGCUCUUUGGUGAUUGCUGAAGUGUUCCCUGAAGAUUCUGGAACAUUCACUUGUACAGCAAGCAACAAAUAUGGGACAGUAUCCAGCAUCGCUUAUUUGAAAGUGAAAGGCAAUGAGAGCAGCAAAGUUAACAGCACAGCAGUGAGCAAGACUGCAGCUGAGUCUGUCAAGAACAAGGCACCAGGGAUUAUCUCUCCAGAUCUUCCAAGAUCCUGUCUAAAACCUCAGCUGGAUGGAACUGAAUUAAACCACCAUGAGCCAAGAUCCAGCAUCUUUCCUCCUUCACCUCUCAUUUCUGGUCAGAAGCCCAAAGUGGAGCUGACCCUCAUAAAUCACAGUGACGCAGAGCAGAGCUCUAGUCUGAAGGGAAGUGAAGUUGGCAGCUUUGGCCAUCAGAAUGAAUGCCCCUCCAGCAUCUUAGUCUCAGAUUUUCCCACUUAUGGUCUUAAACCAAAGCUAGAGGGGUUUGGAGGCAAUAGUACUGUUCCCUCCUCCAGCAACCUUCCGCCCGAUAGCAUCGGCUCCAUUCUUAAGGCACAGGUGGAGGGGAGCUUCAACAGCCAGGAUGAACUGAAACCCAGCGUCACCUCAGCGGAUCCUGGUGUCUGUCUGAAGCCUAAGGCAGAGGGCACCGUAGCCAACCACACUGAGCCCAGAUCCAGCAUCCUUGCCCCAGAGGCCCUCAGCUCUUGUCUUAAACCCAAACUAGAAGGAGUCCUGGUCAACCAUAAUGAGCCCCGUUCCAGCUCCCGUGUGGGACUACGUGUGCAUUUCAAACUACCAGAGGAUGAGGCAGAGAGUGACACAUCUUCAGAGGAGUCCAGCUCCAUGCAGAAGAUGAGCUGCAGUCAACCGCAUGGUGACUUGCCCACAGCAUUGCCCAAUAAAGAGCCUCCACCUGUACUGGCCAAGCCCAAACUGGACCCUGUCCAACUUCAGUUUCUCCACAACCAAGUACUGCUGGAGCAACAGCAAGGAGGCCCUCAGACACAGCCAGAGGAAUCUCCCUGGUCUCCAGCGCCUCCCCAAGAACCCCAGCCAGCCCCUAUGAAUCUUUACAUGCCUGUGCCACACACCUCCCCUACAACCUCUACCAACAUGACGCAAAGCUUCAAUUACACUCGGCCUAAGGAGUUCAUUGCUGCACAGUCCCUUUCCCCUGUCAGUAGUCUCUCUUCCACAGAAUCGCCUGUACCUAUGCUUACUGCCAUGGCAGCCCAGCUGCCCCAUAAGUUAUUCAUGGAGCCGAGUGUCUCAGCUUUACCCCCUGCAGUCAAUCAGUACACUCAAUCCCCCAGACUGUUUUCAACAAGGGUCCUGCAAUCCCCUACCAGCCCCCCUGCAUUUGUGUCGUCCCCACCCCCCUUGCCACCUACCCACCUCCCCUCAACAUUCCCCUUACGGCCACAAUCACCCCCUCAGACACCCUCCCCAAUUCCAGGCAGCUCCACCCCUAGCCCCAUCCAGAACCCCGUGGCCUUUCUCAGCUCUGUGCUGCCUUCACUGCCCACAUCUCCACCAACAAAUGCAAUGGGCCUGCCCCGGAGUGCACCUGCUGUGCCACCCCAAGGCAUCCUGAAGAAGCUCCCCAGAACUCUCCGAUCAGUAUCAGAUGAUGAGAUCUAUGACAGCAAAGAAACCAUUUUACAUGACCUGGAGAAGAAGCUACGGUUUAAAGAAGACUCUGCACAUCAUGUGCAACAGAAACCAGCAUAUGAGAGGAAAACAUCUGGCAGACUGCUUGGACCAAACAAUCCUGCAACUGCCUUUAAAUAUGAUGAGGUACAAGAGUGUUCUCCCUUCCAGGAGUAUAAGGUGUCUAACUUUGAGCAGAGGCUCAUGAGUGAGAUUGAGUUUCGAUUGGAGCGAACACCUGUGGAGGAAUCCGAUGAUGAGAUACAGCAUGAUGAAAUUCCCACAGGCAAGUGUAUUGCCCCCAUCUUUGACAAGAAACUGAAGAACUUUCGGGUUAUGGAGGGAGUCCCAGUGACAUUCACCUGUAAAGUAGUUGGAAUACCCAUUCCAAAGGUGUACUGGUUUAAGGAUGGAAAGCAGAUAUUAAAGAAGGCUGAUCAUUAUAAGAAGAUAAGAGAGGGAGAUGGUACUUGUGCUCUACAUAUUGAGGCCACCAAUAAUGAUGAUGAUGGCAACUACACUGUGAUGGCAGCCAAUCCUCAGGGAAGAAUCAGCUGCUCUGGUCAUUUGAUUGUCCAGACUGGCCCAGUCCGCAAUCGACUUGCACCUAUGAUCCACUCUCAAAGAGUGCGUUCCCGAGUGCAGGAAGUGGAGGAUGGUGAGCCUAUUCAAGAACGUUUCUUUAGGCCUCACUUUCUGCAAGCCCCAGGAGACAUGCUGGCUCAUGAAGGAAGGCUCUGCAGGCUAGACUGCAAGGUAAGCGGGUUACCAAACCCAGAGCUCAUGUGGCUUCUGGAUGGGAAACCCAUUCUUCCAGAUAUUUAUCACAGGAUGCUUGUGAGAGAGAAUGGCAUCCACUCUCUCCUCAUUGAUCCACUGAAGCAGAGUGAUGCAGGGACCUACACCUGCAUCGCCACCAACAAAGCAGGACAGAAUUCAUUCUCUCUGGAAUUAAGUGUUGUAGAAAAAGAGGUGAAAAAGGCCCCAAUGUUUUUGGAGAAGCUGCAGAACAUCGGCAUUGCAGAAGGUGCCCCUGUGAGGCUGGAGUGCAGAAUAGUGGGGAUGCCCCCACCCAAUAUUUACUGGAAGAAAGACAAUGAUACCAUUUCUCCCUCAAAGGAGAGAUUCAGCAUGCACCAGGAUUCAACAGGAUAUGUUUGCCUGCUGAUUCAGCCUUCCAGGAAAGAGGAUGCUGGUUGGUACACGGUAUCAGCUAAAAACCAAGCAGGAAUAAUAUCAUGCACAGCCAGGCUAGACAUAUAUGCUCAGUGGCACCAGCAGAUCUCCCUGCCUAUGAGGAAUGUGCGCCCCGCGGGUAGCCGCUAUGCUGCCCUCACUAGCCAAGGCCUGGACAUCAUGUCUGCCUUCCCAAGCACAGACAGCGACCCAAUCCUGUUCUCCAGCUCCCCCACAGAAGCAGUCCUGGAGAGUGAGGAGCUGUAAGGGCCUGGAGGAACCAGCCCAUGACCUGUGGCGUUGGGCUAACCCAAACUCUAGCCCUCUCAAAUAAGCCUUGCCACAUUUAUGAAUGCAGUCUUUCACCAGAUUUCUGCCUUUUGUUGUCCAGCAAAGUAAGCUUUAAAGUGUGAAGCUUGAAAAAUUGCAGGAUUGGUUACACCUAGAUAACUGAUUGCUGAAUGAUUUUCUGCUCUGAUGAAAUAAAUGGAUGUUAACAGAGUAUUACCUUCAAAAAGAUUUUGUGUUAUAUAUUUAGUCUUUUCUAAUGCCUGUUAAAUGUGA